UUGGGGGAGAUGACAGACCAGACCGGCAGUAAGGGAUUUUCAAUUCUCAUGGCUGGCUGACUCACUGACUAAAUCUGUAUGUAAUCAAUCUUCUUUCUCAUCGGCCUGCCUGCCUGCAAAUCUCAAUCAAGCCUCGUCAAGCUAACGCCUUUGAAUUCGCUUCUCGUGCUAUUCAAUCCUCUCAUGCUUCUCGAUUCUCUUUCUCUUUCUCUUUCCCUUUCUCUACACGCCUAUACAAUCAAAUAUAUGUACAUCCACCGAGGAGGAUCGCGCCAUCGUUGUUUUCUUCUCAUUUUUUAAAGUCGUUUUCCGAUUCUCAGAACCACCCAAAAAACAAACCCUAGCUUAUGCUAAAUCCGUAGACAUUACUGAGUCCGGGGAUGAGGAUAAUUGAUUUUUAUUACCAGAAACUGGUCGAAUCGUCAUCGUCGUCGUAUUCACCGCCUGCAUGGGCAACUAUUAUUGCUGGUGCCUUUAUGUUGCUAAGUCUCACAGUCUCCAUCUACCUCCUGUUCGAGCACCUUUCUGCUUACAAGGACCCGGAGGAGCAAAAGUUUCUGAUUGGUGUUAUCUUGAUGGUUCCUUGUUACGCCGUGGAAUCGUUUGUGUCUUUGGUGCGGCCAUCGAUUAGUGUUGACAUUGAGAUACUAAGAGAUUGCUACGAAUCUUUUGCCAUGUAUUGCUUUGGAAGAUAUCUUGUCGCAUGUUUAGGCGGGGAAGAGAGGACACGCGAGUUUAUGGAUAGGGAAGGACGCAUGAGCUCAAUAAGCCCUUUGCUAGAAGGUUCAGAUAAGGGAAUCAUAAAUCAUCCUUUUCCCAUGAACCUUUUCUUGAAGCCCUGGAAGAUGGGAUCUUGGGUCUACCAAAUAAUUAAGUUUGGUAUUGUUCAAUAUAUGCUGAUAAAGGCUGUCACAGCUAUUUUAGCUGUCAUUCUUGAAGCUUUUGGUGUAUAUUGUGAAGGAGACUUUAAGUUGGGAUGUGGGUACACAUACCUCGCUGUUAUUCUAAAUUUCAGUCAAACUUGGGCAUUAUAUUGCUUAGUCCAAUUCUAUACAAUUACAAAGCAUGAAUUGGCUCAUAUCAAACCUCUAUACAAGUUUCUGACAUUUAAAUCUAUAGUAUUCUUGACUUGGUGGCAAGGAAUAGCCAUUGCCCUUCUAUACAACCUUGGUUUAUUCAAAAGUCCAAUAGCUCAAUCUUUGCAGAUUCAAUCAAGCGUCCAAGACUUAAUUAUCUGCAUAGAGAUGGGUAUCGCUUCUCUUGUUCACCUAUAUGUAUACCCUGCAAAGCCAUAUGAACUGAUGGGGGAUUAUUACAUGCCUGGCUCUGUAGCAGUACUUGGUGACUAUGUGUCUGCAGACUGCCCUUUAGAUCCUGACGAAGUUAGGGACAGUGAGCGCCCUACAAAACUACGACUUCCUCAACCUGAUGAUAGCCGUGUUGGAAUGACUAUAAAGGAAAGUGUCCGGGAUGUUUUCAUUGGUGCUGGUGGAUAUAUUGUGAAUGACGUGAAACUGACAGUUACUCAAGCUGUAGAGCCAGUGGAGAAAGGAAUCACAAAAUUUAAUGAGAAAUUACAUAAGAUUUCUGAGAACAUCAAGAGACAUGACAAGGACAGGAGGACAAAGGAUGACAGUUGCAUCACAGCAAAAAGAGUGAUUAGAGGGAUAGAUGAUCCCCUCUUAAAUGGUAGCUUCAGCGAUAGUGGAAGCCUGAAAGGGAAAAAACACCAUCGGAGGAAGUCAGCAUUUCCCAGUGGCAAAUCAGAAUAUACCAGUGCAGAGAGUGGUGGAGAGAGUAGCAGCGAUCAAAGCUAUGCCUAUUUGGUUCGUGGUCAUAGGUGGACCACCAAAGACUGAUGAAGAAAAAGGUAUUUCCAUCCAACUCUACUAUAUUGCAAAGAAGACAAGUGCUCAUUUCGGUUUUAAAUCUCCCAAAAGCAUCUCUAUAAGUUGUAGCUAGCUGCUAUGGUGAAAAAAAAGGGAUCCAACUUGAGUAGUGCCUUUUUCUUCUUAUUUUUUCUUUCUUUCCAUCAUCAAAUUGGUUGAAGUUUUCAGUUGGAGCAUAUCGUCUUCCUCAGCAUUCUGCGCCUUCUCUUCCAGAUUGGUUAUAGAUUUUUAUGAUUGCUGUAACAUACUUCUAGGGUGUUAAUCUCUUCUGCUGUAUAGAGUCCUAAAUGGCUCGUUUUGUUGAUAAGAUAUUUAUUACAGCCACUUGCCUCAUUUUUUUUAAAGCCUUUGAGAUUUUGAUGCGUAUAAAAGAAAGGGGACGAGCCUUACUCAGGCCAAAUUGCGUUUUAUAAUUUCAGCUCUCUAUAAUGUUAAGUUCCUUAGUUUUUUUUUUGAAAAUGCGACGAUUGAUUAAUGUUGAGUUCUGAUGGAAUCCAACUUAUUUAUUAUCA